CUCUGACACAAUCAUUUUCCUUCCCCAUUUCCCGGAAUCCAAACACCCACACCCCUACACACAAAAAUGGUUUCAAUAGACAGUGUUCAAACAUCGCCACCUUCUUCAUCCAUAGAACCAAAUUCCAGUCCUCGGAUAUCCUUCUCUUCUGAGUUUCUUGAUGAAAGCAACUUCAUUUCCAUAACCCCUCAUUCCCAGAUAGAGAGAGAUCAAGAAAUUUGCGAGAGGCAGAAGAAGGAGAGAUCAGAGAGGCUGGCAAGGAGUGCUGAUUUUGAGUUUCUUUCUAAUCAAGUAAGCAGCCACUCCAUGCUUACGGCAGACGAGCUUUUCUUUGAAGGGAAGCUUCUUCCCUUUUGGCAAAUGCAGCAAGCAGAGAGGCUCAACAAGAUCAGCCUCAAAUCUCCAAAAGAUGUAGAUGAAGAAGACUUGGUGGAGAUAGAGGUAAACAAGGAGGCGGAGAACAAGGUGAAUUGGUUCCUUGACGACGACCCAUCUCCGAGGCCCCCAAAAUGCACUGUUCUGUGGAAAGAAUUGUUGAGGUUGAAGAAGCAACGCACUUCAUCUGCACUGUCGCCGUCUUCUUCUUCGUCCUCGUCGUCGUCUUCUUCCAGGUCCAUGGCGGAUGCAGCCACAUCUGAGGAAGGGACAACAGGAAACAAAGAGAAGAACAUAAAGAGGAUAAAGAAGGGUUUGGAAAGGACAAGAUCAGCAAGUAUAAGAAUAAGGCCUAUGAUUAAUGUGCCAAUCUGCACACAGGUGAAGAGCAGUGUUUUGCCACCCUUGUUCCCACUUAAGAAAGGAAGAUUUGAUAGAUGAGAAAGAAGAUGAAAUUAGCUAAAAGUCAGCAGCUCAAGAUCUCAUCAAGUCUACUCCAACAUGUUAAUCUCCCUCUCUCCCUCCCCUUCUCUCUGUCUCUAUCAUUUCUUGACAAAAUUUCAUCUUUCAUUUUGGGUGUAUGGAUUAAGGUUGAUUAUGGCGGUGGAUCUAAUAAUCUACGAUUGUAAAUGCUGACCUCUAGUUUUUGUUUGUUGCUAUUCCUUGAUUAAUCACAUAAUGCAUUUUUGCUUCCACA